AAUGGAACAUCAUAGCAAAGGAGUGUGCUCAAGAAGCACAGUAUGAAAAAAUAUAUACCUGCUCAACUGUUAUGUGCAACAUUUUAAAUUUAACACACAAUACCACACAUUAAUUACCACAAGGUUCCAACCUCCACUGCACACAUACAUGAUGGACAGACUGGAGAUCAAAUUGAUGAUUACAGUCCUAAGAGUGUCUGGCAGCCUUAGUAUAGUGUUUGUUUUAAACGUGGUUUUCUCACCCAUAGAAGGAAAUAAAAGUAUAACUUUAUCUUCUGAGAAAAAAUACAGUGAAAAAAUAUUUUUCAUUUCCUUUGAAGACAGAAACCACCUAAAAUAAAACAUGCCAAAAACACAAAAACUAAAUAUAUGUAUGCUAUUUUUUUCUGAAUAUUUUCAAUGAAAGCUCCUAAACACAAAUUAUGUAAAUUACCCAGGCUAUGUUUUUGUUUUGCAACAAAAAAAUGAGUUAAUUAUCAUGUUACCUGUAGUCUUGUAAAGUCAUGCUAAUGAAAACACAGAUUAAAAUUUUGGUCCUGAUCUGUUGUAGGUAUGUAGUAUUGAGCAAUCAGAUUUGUAACUAUAUCGUGAUGCAACGUGUACCAGAGUGAAUUCAUUCAGUUCCUAAUGAAAUGUGAUCUGGGGACUCUAGCUCCACCUGGGUGAUAAUUGAGGCUGAUCACAGAUGGGUGUAGGACAAAGCUGGGAAAUACUUAAGCUCGUUUUGCAGUUACUUUGAGCUCUUAGGAAAUGGGUGAUUGUUGUAUAGCAGCAGUCUGGAGAUUUCUGCAUAUAUAAUGGAGCGGUACAACUCAUGAUGGAAGAGCAAAACGUUACCACAGAAGUCCCAGCAGCCCUAAAGCGCCUGGCCAAGUACAUAGUGAGGGGUUUCUAUGGAGUAGAGUACUCCCUGGCCGUGGAUGUACUGACCCGCUACCCCUGUGUGAAAGAGGAUGACUUGUUACAGCUGCUCAAGUACGAACGCAAACAGCUGCGCACUGUUCUCAACACACUCAAGGCAGACAAGUUUGUGAAGCUGCGUAUGCGAGUUGAAACAGGGCCUAAUGGGAAGAGCACAAGACACAACUACUAUUACAUCAAUUAUAAGGUGCUGGUGGAUGUGAUAAAGUAUAAACUGGACCACGUGCGGCGGAAGAUAGAAGCAGAUGAGCGGGAUUCAACUACCAGGUCCUCCUUUAAAUGUCCAUCUUGUUCUAGCACAUACACAGACCUGGAGGUCAAUCAACUCUUUGAUGUAUUUACAGAGACUUUCCGUUGUACUUACUGCAAUACUGAAGUAGAGGAAGAUGCCUCAGCACUGCCUAAGCGAGAUGCUCGAACCUUGCUAGCAAAAUUCAAUGAGCAGAUGGAACCUAUCUUCAUGCUACUGCGUGAGACAGAAGAUACUGUUCUGCCAUAUGACUUGUUGGAACCUCAGCCAACAGCAAUCCCAGGCAUAUCAGAAAGCUUUGACCAGAAGGUAUGUUCAAGCACGCCGGAACCCUGCAGUAGACCUGAAAAAUGGGCCACCAAAAAUUCCUCUUUUGGCAAUACAUAUAGUCAAAACUUAAUUAUUGAUGUCCAAGAUUCUGAGUGCAAGAAGAAAAAGAAAGAAAAAGCAACUAAAGAGCAACCUAUCUGGAUGUCAGAGAGCACUGUAGAAGGAGCAACAACAGCUACCAUCAAUAAUGCUGCUCUAACGUAUUGUGUGUUAGGAACAAAUGCUUCUGAAGAAGCCGAAGAAACUGUUAAAGAAACUGUCAGCGAGAAUGAAAUCAUCAAGACUCUUCUCAUCCAUGAAUCCAUGAAGUCAUUGUCCAGCACUGACUAUGCUCCUGCUGUCAAAAGCAAGUUAUCUGAAUCAGGCAGUGACAGUGAGUCUGAAAAUGCCAAACACUCAAUAACAAAAUUAGCAGGCAGCCAGUUUGAACAAGAGGAAGAGCAAGAAGCACUAGAUCCUAUUUUAAUGGUAGCUGCUCAGCCUUACUCAUAUGGUGAAAUUAGUGAAAAUCCAGAGCUUGUAUCUCUCAUGACAAAUGAAGAGAGAGAAGCUUAUAUAAAAGUUGUACAAGAAAUGUUCCAGUCUGUGUUUGAGUAAAUACUAUUGCACUGAAUAUACAUAGAAUGUAUAGAAUGGGUAAAGUUUUCUUUUGGAUUAAGACAAAGUUAGCUUGAUCAUUUAACUCAGGAUCUUAAAUUCAUAACAGAUGAAUUAUGCAUUGUUUGAAUGCCUUUUGUUAGCAAGAAAUAUCACCUGUAGGAGGUAGCUACAGUUCAAAACACUAGCACUGCAGAAAAAGAGCCCAAAGUUACUAUGGGUUUUCUGUUGUUUUAGUGCUUAGACUUUUUGUGAAUGCUUUAAUCAGUAAUUUUGGAGCAUAAAUAAUUCCAAAAUGCAACUGAAUAUUGUGAUCUGAUUAAAAUAAAGUUUCAAAAGCA